AUGGGCAUUCAUGCUGUUAGCGUCAUGCUAGAGGCUCUCAAUAGAGAUGCCCAACAUGCUACUAUCGCCAAGUUCAUUCAAAAUGAACUUGACGCAGAACGCGAGAAAGUAGCCUUGCUUCACCAACAAGGUUCUCAACAAGCAGAGUUGUUGAGAGAACAGGGUGCUCAACAGUUUGAACUGUUGAGACAGCAGCAGGCUGCUGCUGGUGGGUCGAUGCACUCGCGUCGACCCGAAACCUUGAAGAUUGACAUCUCCAAGUAUAGGGGGGUCGAAGAAGACUCCCUCUUGAGAUGGUUCGUCGAAUUGGAUGACGCCAUAAGGGCGCGUCGCAUCGACGACGGGGAUAUGCAAGUUGAAUUUUCCCAGUCAAAUCUGGCAGGACGUACCAAGACUUGGGUACUGGGGCUCAAGUUGCACGACCCAUAUGCGUUUGGGUUGUUAGGAGUCUUCAAGUCGCGGCUCAGACAAACGUUUGAACCGCCUAGAGCCGAGUUCAGAGCUCGAACCGAACUCUUGAAGCUCAAACGGGUUUCGGUGUUCGUGCAGGGUCUUGCGGAUGGUCCCGUCAAGACUCACCUGUUCCGGCUUGAACUAGAUUCACUAGAACAAGCCAUUUCCAUUGCGGAGCAGGAAGACUUCAGUCUGAGACAGGCUCGCGCCAGCUCGACAUCAUAUCGUCAAUCGAGACGAUAUGACAACGGAGAUCCAGAGCCGAUGGAACUCUGUUAUGUAGAGAGCGGGAAGGCUCGCUCUACAGACUACAAGAAGUUGCAGAGAUGCAACAGAUGUCAAAAGACAGGACACUACGCUUACGAGUGUAGUGCCCCUCGUCCAGUGUCUCGCGACACUGGGCGUAGUGACCGUCCACCCAUGAGAAAGGAGCAGGGACGAGGGUCCGCUGUUGGUGCAAAGACGCAACAACGGGAUGGACCGUCAAAAAACGGACAGGAUCAGUAG